AUGAGUUCCAAGCCAAUCAGAUUGCAGAACCUCCCGAAGUUGAAGGUCAAGAAGCCUGUGUUGCAGAAGCAGACCAACUCGUGUAUUGUCAUCAUGUCAAGCUUGUUGAACUGCUGGUCGUCGAACGGCGAGGGAAAUGCAACCUGCCUCACUUUCGAAAAGGACUUGAAGACUUGUAUGAAUGAAAGAAAAUUCGAGAAGGACAAAGUGUCAUCGAUCAACUAUCAUGCUUCAAGAUUGUACCCUAGAAUAUCGGGGAACACCAAGGAUUGA